CAGGAACUUGAUGCUGAGGCCUUUCUUCUAACCCAGCUUUGUUUCCAUCUCCAGAUUGGUGGACAACAUCUCACCCUGUUUACAACGACUGUGGAGGUUUUCUGUAUGGCCUGUCUGGGAACUUUUCAAGUCCACACUACCCCUGGAACUAUCCCAACAAUGCCAGAUGUCUGUGGAACAUUCAGGUCCCCAGCAACUACCAAGUGACUGUGUUCUUCCCAGAUGUGCAGCUUGAAGGAGGCUGCCACUAUGACUAUAUCCUGCUUUAUGACGGGCCCCAACACGGCUCUCCUCUCAUUGCUCGGGUUUGUGAUGGGUUCAACGGGACAUACACCUCCACACGAAACUUCAUGUCCGUAGUCUUCAUCACCGACGGCAGUGUCACGAGGAGGGGGUUCGACGCUCGCUACUACUCUACCCCUAUCACCGUCAGCCCCACUCCUCCAUGGCCAUUCCCGACCACUGCUGCAGAGACGACGACUCCACCGCCUACCACCAUACCAAUAGAUUGGUGGACAACAACUCCUUAUUUUGGUAAGUUUGGGAGAAGACCAGAGCAUUGGAGAAAGACAGGGAUUCUGGGAUCUUGAAGCCUGCGGUGCAGC